ACAGGCGUCUCUGCGCCGCCUAAAUACCGAUUGUAAUCGCCCUGAUUGAAGUGGGAGGUCCGGCCGGCCCCGCGGUGACUCCACCCCCCGCGCGAGAGGGGCUUAGAGUGAGGGCUCGGUUUCGGGAUGUGGACUUACACGGCGGCUGGAGGCCUCACUUUGGGGCUCCGGGCAAAUCGGGAGCGGCUGUUCGCCUGGAGCCGGCGGCGAUGGUUUUGCAGCAAACGGGAGGACGGCAGAUCCCCCAAGGGAAGCGGCUCAGAGACACCGGCCAGAGCUGGAGAACGCCCAGCCUUCAAAUUACCAGGCUAUAAGCCUUCAGGUUUUGAUAAAAAGAUGUUGGUGUGGACUGGUCGUUUCAAACGAGAAGAGGAUAUACCAGCUGCGGUUUCGUUUGAGAUGAUUGAUGCUGCAAGGAACAAAAUGAGAGUGAAAGCUAGUUAUAUUAUGGUAGUCUUGACAGUUGUAGCCUGUAUUGCAACAAUCAUUUCAGGAAAGAAGGCUGCAAGUAGACAUGAAUCAUUGACUGCCAUUAACAUGGCGAAGAAAGCCAGGUGGAAAGAGGAGAGUCAGCAGGAAGCAGAAGUUACCAAAAGGCAAUAAUUGAAUGUGGACUGAAAUGAGGAUGGGUUCCAAUCUUGAAAAUAUGCAUCUCCACAUUCUCACCAUGUUGACAUAAUUUACAUUAGUAGGACAUCAAAAUAUUUUCCCUCUUUUGAAGAAGCUCCAGAGUUCCUCAAAGUAUUAAGUUAAUUAAAUUAAUAUGAAGUGGUUAUUUUUUAUUUUUUAAUUUGGAUUAACAGAAUUGGUCAUGAGAGAUAACAAUAUAAUUGAUGUAGCCACAAACUUUAUAGAAUUUCUAUGCUAUCUUCCUUGUAUCUAAAUAACUGAUAUUGAAAAGUCAGCUGCAAUAGAAUUAUCCAGCAUCACAAGAAUGAUAAAGUUGUAGACCAUGUUCUGCACUUGAUUGCACGUAGUAAAAAAGUAAUCUCACUUAGUAAAGUACUAUUCCCAGUAUUUCCUAGAUAUGUUUUGUGUUUAAAGCAUUCUAUUUCAUCAAACAUGGUUAAACUACUUUCCCUGGGCUCUAUGAAGUAGCCAAAGUUACUCCUGGCAAACAUGCCUACUAUUUAUUUCUGCUUUAAUUUCUGAUCCAGAAAACAUUAAAAUAAUCUUAAAAAUGAA